AACAGUGUGAAACUAACUUCGCAAGUGAUAACGGCAUCAAACGUCAGGUUCAGGUUGUUGCUCCAAUGUCCAGGGUUCAUGCCAUAGCGGGUGGUGAUGUCAUUCUUCCCUGUUUCCUGAACCCCACUAUGAAUGCUGCGAACCACACAGUGGAGUGGCUCAGACCAGACUUGAAGCCAAAAGAGGCACAUUGUUACCGCGACCAUCGUGACUCUGAAGAGGACCAGAAUCCAUCCUACAAGAGAAGGACGUCACUGUUUAAAGAAGAACUGAAGAAUGGCAAUGUCUCAUUGAAACUAACAGGAGUUACUCUCUCUGAUGCUGGAAGCUACACCUGCUUCAUUCCAACAGUGAGCAGGACUCAGAGACCUGUCGUUCAACUCCUGGUCGGCCCUGGAUCUCAGCCAGUCCUCUCUAUUGAAGGAACUAAUGGUAGUGGGCUGGUCCUGAGGUGUGAGUCCGAAGGCUGGUACCCUGAACCUGAGCUGGAGUGGUUUGACAACAAUGGAACCAUCCUCCCUGUUGCUGGACCUACAGAGACCGAGACUGACACUGAGGGUUUCUUCACUGUGAGACGAAAUGUCACCAUACAGCAGACUGACAACAACUGGUUCACCUGUAGAGUUCAACAGCAGAACAUCUUCAGAACGAAGCAGAUUCGCAUUCCUGAUGACAUCUUUCCCAAGCCGUGCCAGUCCUACUGGACAGUUGGGCUUUGUCUGGCACUGGGAGCUGCAAUGGGAGCUGCAGUAGCCGCGCCAAUGGGAUAUGUGGUCGGAAAUCGACGUGCGACACGUCAAUGUGUGACAGGUGAAACCGUAGAUUUUCAAGAUCUAUCAGUGCCAUUGAACGGGAACCCCUCAAGAGAGCUCAAUUGAAUGAGAUGAGACUCGAGGCAGGAGAGACACUGAUGCCAGCAGCCCUCCUGUUUCCGUCCCACUUCGCCACCUUUUCCCGGUCGGACUUGAGAUUCAACCGUGACCCGUCGAAGCAUAGAUCUGGGGGGAGGGUACCAUGAAAAACAAGGUUCUCUGCUCUGAUGAAACCACGAUUUAACUCUUUUGGCCUGAAUGCCAAGCGUCACGUCUGGAGGAAACCUGGCACCAUCUCUACUGUGAAGCAUGGUGGUGGCAGCGUCAUACUGUGGAGAUGCUUUCAGCGGCAGGGACUGGGAGACUAGUCAGGAUCAAGGGAAAGAUGAACAGCGCAGUACAGAGGUCUUUGAUAAAACCUGCUCCAGAGCGCUCAGGAUCUCAGAACAACCAUGUCGGUCAUUACUAAUUUGUGAUGUCACUAAGGACAGUAGAACAACAUAACUGUUUCUCUGAAUGUGUUUCCCAGUGAUCAGAUUCAAUUAGUUUGAAACGUAUAUCAUUAAAUAUGAAACUUAUUUAUAAGAGAAUUGUUUUUCAUAUGAAGUCUGAACUAAGUCUGUGGCCACGCCCAUGUGAGCACAGACGUUAUGACAUUUACAUUACAUUUAAGUCAUUUAGCAGACGCUCUUAUCCAGAGCGACUUACAAAUUGGUGAAUUCACCUUCUGACAUCCAGUGGAACAGCCACUUUACAAUAGUGCAUCUAAAUCAUUUAA